AUUUUAAUAUAUUUUAGAUGGGUGUACAGUGAUUCCUCGGUUACUAAAAGCACCGUAAAAUACGGACAGUUUGGAAGUUAUAAAGGAGGAGGAUAUUAUUGGGAUUUUCCCGUCGAUAAAAAAAGAACAGUUGAAUUGAUUCGGAAAUUAAAAAACAACAAAUGGAUAGACUGGGCCACCAGAGCAAUAAUGAUCGACUUCGUUGUGUAUAAUGUGAACCUUAAUCUGUUUGCAAUUUGCAAAGUUCGCUUGUCAUUGGUUCAACAAGUAUUUAUAUUUUUAUACAGCAUACAGUACUUAUUAACGAAUUUCUAAAACAUCC